GACUACCGCUACGACAUCGACUCUGACGAUGCCAGCAGCACAGGCCGUGACAGAAAGCGAAGCCACACCCCUUAUACCUUGGACGCGACUUCUCGCACCUCCACCGUGUACCAGGUCAAGUGCACUUGGGACGGGCAGGGCCCUCCCCCUCUGUCCUCUCGUCUCAACGAUUUCAUUGCGUACAUGAAGGAAUGUCACUUGACGCAUGCGCCAUCCGCCGCUCUACCUUUGUCUCUGCUGCCGCAAGACGAUUACACUGCGGCCGAGAUGCUCCAGUACUACUCGAAGCGCCCAGAGGACCGCCAGACGAAGCCUGUCCCUGAUGUGAACCCCGUCAACCCCAAGCUCAUUGACCUGGCGUAUUCCAACUCCCUCGUCCUGCAGCUCAUCAUUGCCCAAAGGGUCAAUCACCGCCAGGUGUCAUCCGCCAUGUUGCCGACCGGCGAAAGGGCUGAAGGCUUCUACGCUGCUGCCAUUGCCGAGUUCGGGCCAAUGAUUGACAGCUACCUGGCGGGGAACGAGCAGGAUAUGCUUCCGCUCACUCUGGCAAGCCUGGUCAUUUCUCUCACCGAGAGGGCGCGGCUUGACAAACGUGGUCAAGCUCACAACCAUCCCACCGCAGCCAUGGGUAUCUUGAAGACACUCUUGACCCUUCCCCACAAGCAGAUGUGUAAACAGGUCCCGCCUAUCUUGCUGGAGUAUUACAUGCAUGCUGCUUGCUUUGCAUGUGUUGCAGCCGAUGUCACCAAGGCGGAGUCAAUUCCAUUUAUGAGCGAGGCACUCCGAGACGCCGUCGACGACCUAGUCCAGGCGAAAUAUAUAGGCAAGCUCUGCGGGAACUGGCUGUCGAUCAUGGUUGUCGUACAGAGCAUCUUUGAGCUGGGCAUGAAGAUGCGGCCGUUUGCCGAUGACGCAUCGAACGCCCCGGCGGGCGGUCCAUCCACCGGCUACUUACCCAACCACUUUGUUACCUUUGGGCAGAUUCAAGAGCGGCUCACGCGCUUCGUACCUGACAAGGACCCCGACUGCGAAAGCCCUGAGGCGGCCAUUCUCUUCAAGAACGCCGCCAUACUAUAUCUCUGGAGUCUCUUGGAAUGGCCAAACGUCUCGAAGCCCCCCGGAUCGUAUACCAACUUUAUGAAGAUCGCUUACAAGAUCGCGCUCCUGCAACUGAGCCGCAUCUCGGAAUUCUCCAGCAUCAACAAGGUCCUGUGCUGGCCAUUGCUCAUCGUUGGGUGCUUUGCCAAAUCGGCAAAGGUCAAGGGCAUCAUCACGUCGCGGCUCCUCAGCAUCGCGGGCCGCUUCAAGGUCGGCAACGCGCUCGAGACCCUUUUCCUGCUGCAGCACGUCUGGGGCCUGCCUUUUGAGAGGCGCAACCCCUGGAUGGUCCACAAGUCUAUCCGCGCGACGAGGUGCUGCGGAUGCGUCUGUACCGACUGCAUGAGUCGAUUGUUUAUCUGA